AUGCCUGCCAACUCUCAGUUGAGUAAGGUAGUUUGCUCUCACUACCUCAACCUUCCUCAGGGCGGACUCUGUCAGGUUACAUAUGUAUGGAUUGAUGGUUCUGGAGAAGGCCUGCGCUGCAAGACUCGAACCCUGGGGUCUGAACCCAGCAGCAUAGAAGAUAUUCCGGAGUGGAAUUUUGAUGGCUCCAGCACAAACCAGGCCCAGACUGCAAACAGCGACAUGAUCCUUGAGCCAGUAUGUAUAUUCAGAGAUCCCUUCACUCUGGAUCCCAACAAACUGGUGCUGUGUGAAGUUCUCAAUCAAGAUCGCAAACCUGCAGAUACUAACCAUCGACACACCUGUAAAAAGAUCAUGGAGAAAGUGAAGGAGUUUCAUCCAUUGUUUGGAAUAGAGCAGGAAUAUACACUGAUGGGAACAAAUGGACAUCCAUAUGCCUGGCCAUCAAACGGCUACCCUAAACCACAGGGUCCGUAUUACUGUGCUGUGGGUGCAGACAGGGCCUAUGGCAGGGAAAUUAUGGAGUGUCACUAUAAAGCUUGCCUGUAUGCAGGUAUCAACAUCUUUGGUGCCAAUGGAGAAGUCAUGCCCUCUCAGUGGGAAUUCCAGGUAGGUCCAUGUGAAGGUGUUGAGAUUGGAGAUCACCUGUGGAUGGCACGUUUCCUGCUGCAUCGUGUGUGUGAAGACUUUGGCGUGGUUGCCUCUUUGGACCCCAAACCCAUGUCAGGCAACUGGAAUGGAGCAGGCUGCCACACCAACUUCAGCACUGAGGCCACCAGAGCUGAAGGAGGAAUAGAACAUAUUGAGAAAGCCAUUGAGAAACUACGUAUGCACCAUAUCCAGCACAUUCGAAUCUCUGAUCCUCACGGAGGUCAGGACAACAAAAGAAGACUCACUGGCCUCUUUGAGACCUCCAAGAUUCAUGAGUUUACAGCUGCAGUGAGUAAUCGUGGUACCAGCAUUCGAAUUCCCAUCCAAGUGGACCAGAACAAAUGUGGCUAUUUGGAGGACCGCCGCCCUGCUGCCAACUGUGAUCCAUACGCUGUGACUGGUGCGAUCGCUCAGACCUGCCUAAUGGAAGAGGGAGAGGAGGUAGACGUCUUGUGCGAGCUUGAUAUUAAUGAAUUUGAGUAAAACUCAAUGUCAUGUCAGUUACAUUGAUAAACAAGGUGUUACAUAUAUGAGAUCUUAGAUGCAAAUCAUAUUUUAAUGUACACUCUUAAAUGUUAUGCAUUAAUUAAUUUAUUUUGUAAUUUAAAAAGAUACAUACAAUUGAAGACAAAAAGUUGAUUGGAUAAUUGGAACAUAAACUUCUUUGUCGCAAAAAAACAUAAAUUAAAAAGGUGUGGUAAAUUGUGAAGAAUUCCUGUUACCACAGUUGGUGUCUUCAAUUGUCAAACAGUAGCUAAAUGUUUUAAAAAGCAAAUGUGAUUGUUUGGGAUUAAACAUACCCCUGUCCCCAAUUUUCUACAGGUGUGAUACACAGGUGUGAUACACAGGUGUGAUAUACCGAUGUGAUAUACAGGUGUGAUACACAUGUGUGAUAUACAGGUGUGAGAUACAGGUGUGAUACACAGGUGUGAUAACACAGGUGUGAUACACAUGUGUGCUAUACAUGUGUGAUAUACAGGUGUGAUACACAGGUGUGAUACACAGGUGUGAUACACAGGUGUGAUAUACAUGUGUGAUACACCGAUGUGAUAUACAGGUGUGAUACACGUGUGAUAUACAGGUGUGAGAUACAGGUGUGAGAUACAGGUGUGAUAUACAGGUGUGAUAUAUUGAAAUGAUAUGUCAUUGAAAAAUGUUUAAGCUAUUGAGUUUAGAAUUACCUUAUAUAAUCAAAGAACAAUUAAAUAGAACAAUGAAUUGAAA